ACCAGCAGGCGGCUAGCUGGAAGAGGCGGCGGCGGCGGCGGCGAAGAGGGCGGGAAGACCCUUUUGGGUCAGUCUGGCUGGCUGCGGGAGACGAGAGACUCUGUGCGGGUAGCGGCAGCGGCAGCCUGGGGGGGACUUCGCCUGGCCCAGGCCCAUAAUCCAGCAUGACUGAGAAUUAACCAAGAAGUUCAAGACUUUAUCUGUUUAUCAUUUCCUGGAAGUUAGAAAUAAUCUAACCGUCCCUCUUUUCCAAACCAUGGCAGACCCCUCAGCUGAAGUACCCUUUUCAGUGAUGACACAACCGCAGCUUAUUGAGUCCACAGCCAUGAGUGAACCUCAGUGCUACUACAACGAAACCAUUGCCUUCUUUUAUAACAGAAGUGGGAAAUAUUUAGCCACUGAAUGGAACACUGUGAGCAAACUCGUCAUGGGCCUUGGGAUUACAGUAUGCGUCUUCAUCAUGCUAGCCAACCUCCUUGUUAUGGUGGCUAUCUAUGUCAACCGACGAUUUCAUUUUCCUAUUUAUUACCUAAUGGCUAAUUUAGCUGCUGCUGACUUCUUUGCAGGGCUGGCAUAUUUUUACCUAAUGUUUAACACGGGACCCAACACUAGAAGACUGACUGUAAGCACCUGGCUCCUUCGUCAGGGUCUUAUUGACACUAGUCUGACCGCAUCUGUCGCCAACUUGCUGGCCAUCGCUAUUGAGAGGCACAUCACAGUGUUCCGUAUGCAGCUACAUACACGAAUGAGCAAUCGGAGAGUGGUGGUGGUCAUCGUUGUCAUCUGGACUGUGGCCAUUGUCAUGGGUGCUAUACCAAGCGUGGGCUGGAAUUGUAUCUGUGACCUCAGUCAUUGUUCCAACAUGGCACCACUCUAUAGUGACUCUUACUUGGUCUUCUGGGCAAUUUUCAACCUGGUCACCUUCGUAGUCAUGGUGGUCUUAUAUGCUCAUAUCUUUGGGUAUGUGCGCCAGAGGACUAUGAGAAUGUCUAGGCAUAGUUCUGGACCACGUAGGAAUCGAGACACCAUGAUGAGUCUUCUGAAGACUGUGGUCAUUGUGCUUGGUGCUUUUAUAAUCUGCUGGACUCCAGGAUUAGUCUUGCUGCUCCUUGAUGUUUGUUGCCCACAAUGCAACGUCCUUGCUUAUGAAAAGUUCUUCUUACUGCUUGCCGAAUUUAAUUCUGCUAUGAACCCUAUCAUCUACUCUUAUCGGGACAAGGAGAUGAGUGCCACCUUUAAACAAAUACUUUGCUGUCAGCGCAGCGAGAAUGCCAACGGCCCGACAGAAGGUUCCGACCGGUCUGCCUCAUCGCUAAAUCACACCAUCUUGGCUGGAGUACAUAGUAAUGACCAUUCUGUAGUUUGAAGAAAAACUGAUUUAUAUAUAUAAAUAUAUUAAUUCUCAGCACACAUGAAAAUUUAGUGCUUGGUGGAUAACUAGUUAUGAAAGUAUUGACAGCACUGUGGUGGGGUCUUUGAAGCAGAAAAAAAAAUAACAAACUUACGAGUUCAUCUUAUAUCACUAAUGGAUUAUAGUGUUUACUCUCCAGUGCUCUGGCCACAAAAACUCUCCAGACUAAAAACCUCACUUUUCUUUUAAUCUUCUGUUUGUGCAAGUAGAAAAUGAACUGCUCACACCGGAAAGCUGAAAAAUCUUUGGAAAAGCCAUUUAAGCUACUCCAACUAGCCUUCAUCAGAUGAUGCUUUUGGGAUGGUCCUAACUGAAAUCAUCUCCAAUUAAUUAAGCUUAAUAACUGCUUCACUGCCUUUUCAUUUAAACACUUAGUCUUCUUCCUUUUUAAGAAAACAAAAGAAUGCAUUUCAUUUAAUAAUUAUUCCCAUCAGCAUGCUAUGUGAUGGACAUUUUCUGGGCAAAAAAAGAAGCUGCUACAGCUUCAUUUUUAUUUACACUAUGAAAUAACAAUGAAAAACUUUUUUUUUACUAGCAGUACAGAAGUCAAGAUACUGGUGGAAAAGGACUCUUUACUUGGGUUUACUAGAGUUUGGAAGCCGACACAUUGUGCAUUUGCAGAGGUGUUCAAUUCUCACAUUGAAAUCAAUAUGACUUUGAAGUGUUUCUCUGGAUUCCCCCCUAGAUGUUUAACAUUCUUUAGUAAAGAAUGGAAUGAUCUAUGUAAUGCAGCCAGUAAGUCCCAAGUUUCUCAUGGCCAGAUCAAUAAUUUGGGGUAUAAAGCUCUUAAAGAGCCACCUUUCAAUUGGCUAAGGUGAAGCACAAUAGUGUGUGUUUUAAAAGUGUAUGUGUGGUGUUCUUAUUAAAGGGAUUUUACUUUUUUGAAAAGUGUGCUUUGUUAGAAGUAACAUUUUCAGGUUUUUAACAGUCGUUUUCUUCACUAUAUUGCAGCAAGUAGGAGAUUUUAAUGUUGAUAUGUUUGCACAGUUUCAGGUAUAUAUGGGUGGAUUAGAUUCCACCCUGAAACUCAGUCAUGAUGGGGGAAGGGUAGAGAAAGAAGUUUACCCCUGCAGUGGGAGUCUUUGUUCCUCCACCCACCAUGCCAUUUGUUUGAAAUCUUGUGGGGUGGACAGUCUUCCAAAAUUAACCAGCAUUAGGAGGUUUAUUUACAAAAGGGAAUAAAAUGCUACACUUCAAACAAAAGAUUAAUGAGUUGAAAUUUUCUCAGCAGUCUUAAAUUCAAUGUGCUUAGUUAGCAUUCCUAAUAGGUAAGACUGAACUCUCAAUAGCUUUUCUUUCACACCAGAUUUGUCUAAAUUCCACCUAAACCAACUCCUCUGAAACAAAAACAGAUGCUGUACACCAGCCUUCGUCUGCCUUCAGUUGUUGAUUUUUCUGGCUCUUUUCUUCUUGUUAGACACAGAACAGGACCUUAAGUGUAUUAUGUUUUGUGUGGUAUCCAGCUGUGUGAUUUCGUCAGGACAAAUGAUGUUGCAAUAACGGAAACUAGGUUCUGGAAUGUGCACAAGAGGAGAAAAUUCGGGUUGUGCUGGCAGUUGUGUAUUGAGAUGAUUGUGCAACUCACUGCACGACAGUUAUGUACAAUCGAUUCCAUGAGCCUGAUGUAGAAGUGUCUGUGCAACUGUCCUUAUACAAACAUCUCUUUCAUAAGGACAGAUAAAAGAAGGUACUUCUUCGCACAGCAUAGAGUUAAAUUAUGGAACUCACUGCCACGGCAAGUGGUGACAGCCGCCAAUUUGGGUGGCUCUGAAAGGAGACUGGACAGAUUCGUGAGGGAGGAGGCUAUCAGUGGCCACUAGCCUUGCUGGCUGUGUGCGAUCUCUCACCAGAGGCAGCAUGUCUUUGUGUUCUAGUCGUCAAAGCAGGCAGAGGUCUAGCGCCCAUCUUGCUUGAGGGAUCCUAUCAACAACUGGUUUGCCACUGUGCAAGCAGAAUGCUAGACAAGAUGGACCUUCUGUCUGAUCCAGCAUGGCUUUUCUUAUCUUCUCAUAUUCUUGUAACUGCUGAUGUGAUGAUCUCGCAACUGUUUGCGCUACAGAACGACCCUGAGGAUCUCGGAUUCUGUUAUUUGAGGUUGUGAAAUGAUGCCACUGGAUGCUGCCCAUUGGUUUGCUCCUAAAACGAUCAAGUUCAACAUAUUAAAUGUUAAAGUAUAAAUUCUUUCAACUAUGAAUGUACUAAUUGAGUGUACUUUUAUUUGUUUAUUUUAAUGAUAGUUUUAUGAGAAAACCAAGUGAUACAUAAUGCAUCUUAUUUUCCUAAAGUAGCCAAGUGACUUCAUAUUUGUACAGAGUUCUUUAAAAGUAACUAUAUAUUUUUCCAUUUCCUUCCAACUUCUAGAGUUGCACCCCUCCAAAAAAUUGAUGUAGGGGUACUUUUUCCCCAUGGGUUUCAUAUUUCCAAAAAUUGCAUAUCUCUACAAAUGCUGUGGCAAAUUUGGGGUGCCAUUUCCUCUCAGCCUUAAUGUUCAUCCUCAUCCCAGGUAAGAAACCAGGCUGCAUGGAAACUGUGGCAUGUUUUAGCAGCAUGUGUGAAUGCAGACAUUGCCUGAGGUACUCACAGGAACAUUUAGCUUCUCAGCUCCAGCCUCAGAGACCACAUUCCUGCCUCAGAGCUGGGAAAUGGAGUUCCAGCCUCCCUCUUCUGCCUCCUUGCAACCUGUGCAGGAAGGAACAUGCCAACUGCCCUCCAAAUCAGAAAAGGAAACUCAGGGGUAAAAGGAAGUAAGGGGGGCAGAAGGGGGAGGAUACUGUCGCAACCAAGAUACAAAGUAUCCUGACAACGCUUCAGCCCCUUUCCCUCUCGCUCUCCUCCUAAAGUGCCCCAGUGAAGCAGCAGAAAAGGGCCAUCUAGCAGAGGAGUGGAAAGUCAAAGCUUGCCUCCACCACAUCCCAGGCUGCAAUCAGGUGCCCAUCAUCUUCUCAGUCUGCAGGCUUCUCAAUUGGCUUGCACUCCUGCAAUAUGAUUUCUAUUACUGGUAGGUAGCUACCUAAAUCAACACAUUUAAACUCAUUGGUAUUCCCUUCCUACAGUCAGAUCUUUAGAAACAUGGCUUUAAAGUGAGGCCUAUCAUCUUCAUAAGUGCAAACACUUGAUAAAGAUUAAAAAAUGUUUCUCAACAAUUUGGGACCAUUGUAAUUAUUGUACAGCAUGUAGCAUCCAUGACACAUCAGUGGAACAUGGUCUCCAGUGUCGAGAAUCAGCUUAUAUGGAAAAGAACCCCUGCUUGGAACCCCUGCUUGAAACUGAGCCAACCUUCCAAUGCUCCAGCAUGAUGGUUAACACAUUGGCAAUAGUAUCAUGUUUGUUUGGGUAGAGUAUGUAGAUUUCUAAGAAGAAUGCAUAGCAAUGUCAAAAAGGUAAAGAGUAUGUAUAAAGAUAAUAUUUAGUGAUAUGCAGAGGGCUAAGUGAAAAUAAGAGAGAAGUCUGGAUGUUCCUGAUAGACAGUAUCCUGAGAUGACCUGCCAAUUAAAGAAAAGUUCAUACAACAAAUACUAUAUGACUUCCUUACUGAAAUUAAAUGCAAUGCAUCCAUUGUUCUUUACUUGUGUACCUUGCCUAGUGAAACAGAAGUCGGAUUGUUAGAAAUUUCAAAGAUACCCUACAUGCUAAAACACUAAUAAAAUUUUCUCAAUGAAUA